AUGGCGUCCUCAUCAGCAGCUCAAAUUUCUGGAGAUCAGCCUCCUCCAUACAGCAAGAGCGACCCUACUCCUCACAAGACUCGCAAUGGUAUUCCGCCAGACCACCGCCGCUCUAUGGAAGACGCCAGUCGCGAAGUCCCCGAAGGCUGGAUCAGACAGUAUGAUCCUCAGACCAGCCAUCAAUUCUAUGUCGACACACAUACCGAGCGCGCCAUCUGGCACCACCCCUACGAUGACGACGAGUACAUGGCCUCCUUGUCGCCUGAACAGCGUGCCCGAAUUAGAGGUCUGAGUCGUGUACCCACCGAUGCCGAUGUCAUCGCCGAGAGCUCAGAAGACGACGACCAUGAUCCAAGAGGUCCUCCCAAACGCGAAGACUCCCACCCCUCCGGCAUGAAANAGUUUGGCCGCAAGAUCAAGGACAAAAUGACUUCAAGCACUCACCAAGAAAGAGAGGCUCAGCGUAAGAAACGCGCCGAGGAAGAGCAGCGAGCCUACCAGCGUCAUCUCGAACUUCGCCAGGCAAUGCAANAGGCUGUUCAAACCGGUCAGCCUCAAUUCAUCGGCAAGGACCGCGAAGGCCGCGACUGCUACCUUACCCCUCCUCAAGGUGCCCAAAGCCAACAGCGAAAUGACCGCAUGAUCAAUCCUUUCGGCUCGCCAAUGCGUGGUGGUAUGUACGGAGGUUACGGUGGAGGCUAUGGUGGAGGCUACGGCGGUGGCUACGGAAUGUAUGGACGUCCGGCCUAUGGCUAUGCACGUCCUUACGGCUACGGUUACGGAGGUGGUCUUGGUCUCCCCAUCAUGGGAGGUCUCGCUGGAGGUGCACUUCUGGGAGGAUUGCUGUUCUAG